GCAACAGACGCCGAUCACGUGAUCUUGUUGUCACCACGAAGUGUUCCGACUUUCCGAGUGUUCGGACUUCGGCGCGGAACUCAACAGCGGAUGGUGCACGUAACGGCCUAACGGGUAAACGGACACCACGUGCUUAUUCAGCUCAUUCGGGAUCGUAACGCGGUGCGGCAUUAAAAGGGAUACCGGCGAUUAGAGAUUAGUAGAGACGUCGAUUCUCCUCGCGUAUGUACAUUCCACGCCGUUCGGAUAAGACGUGAUAAGAGGGAUAAACAAGCGUACCUUGUCUCGGCGUAACGUGAAUGUAAUAGUCACGUAUCGGGAAUCUAAUCUAACGAAGCAUCGAAAUUAACAUACUUAAUUUUGAAUACAAGGCUCUCUAUUAUUUUCGACGAUGAAUGACAGUUGGGAGGAUAAUAGAAUGUCGUCAAGGAGGUACGAUCGAGGUUAUGAUCACAGGAGAGAAAACAGAAGGGAAAGGGACACCCAAUUUUAUAGACGCUCCCACAGACCUGGGGAUAAUUGGGGCCAUGAUUCAAGUACACAGAAUUACAAUGAUAAUUCGUAUAGGAGAGGUAAUGAUAGUUCGGACAGUACAAACGGACUUGUCAUGUACAUUGACACCAACAGCAUUGGAAGACUUAUCGGCAAGGGUGGCAGCAAGAUUAGAGCUCUGGAAGAUGAAAGCAGUGCCACAAUCAAAAUCGACCGUCAAAAUGAUGGAAAUGGACAGACCGCUGUGACACUAAUUGGUACAGAUGAUGCGAAACAACGAGCUAAGAGCUUGAUAGAGGAGUUAUUAAUUGACAGAGGUAGUACGCUGGAAAAUGCACAAUCUACGCGAAAAGCGGCACCUGAGCCUGAGGAGAAACCGGAAAUUGAUUGGGAAAAUUUUGAUUGGGGCAAGGCUAAUGAAGAAUAUGAGAAGCGUCAGCAGCAGAAGUGGUCGGCUUUGCCUCCUAUUAUAAAGAAUUUUUACAAGGAAGAUCCGGCCAUAGCUAAUAUGCCGAAGUCGAAAGUGGAUCAUAUCAGGCAGAUUAACAAUAACAUAGAAGUUAAGCAUGUUUUCGAGAACGAGGGAAGCUCCGAAGAGGAGACGAAAAUACCAAAUCCCGUCGAAACCUUCGAACAAGCUUUCCAGGCCUAUCCGGAUAUUCUUACGGAAAUACGAAAGCAAAAGUUUGAAAAACCAAGCCCCAUACAAUGUCAGGCGUGGCCUGUUCUGCUGAGCGGCCAGGAUCUUAUUGGGAUAGCGCAAACUGGGACAGGAAAAACUCUUGCCUUUUUACUGCCCGCUUUGAUCCACAUCGACGGACAAUUGACUCCGCGCGAAGAGCGUCCCGGGCCAAAUGUUCUUGUUAUGGCACCGACGAGAGAAUUGGCAUUGCAGAUCGAGAAGGAAGUAGGAAAGUACUCUUACCACGGCAUUAAAGCGGUAUGCGUAUACGGUGGCGGAAAUCGCAAAGAACAAAUAAUCUCUGUGUCGAAAGGUGUGCAGAUAGUAAUUGCCACUCCCGGAAGAUUAAAUGACUUGGUUCAAGCAGGAAAAUUGGACGUGUCGGCUGUAACGUAUCUUAUACUUGACGAAGCAGAUCGUAUGCCGUCUAUGGGUUUCGAACCGCAAAUCCGUAAGACUCUCCUGGGUGUGCGACCAGACAGACAAACUGUUAUGACGAGCGCUACUUGGCCCCCGGGUGUAAGACGCCUAGCCCAAUCAUAUAUGAAAAAUCCGAUUCAAGUAUUCGUCGGAUCGCUUGACUUGGCAGCCGUCCACUCUGUGACACAGAAGAUUUACAUGGUUUCUGAAGACGAGAAAAUGGACAUAAUGCACGAGUUCUUCCGGACAAUGGGCCCGGACGACAAGGUGAUGGUAUUCUUCGGUAAGAAGUCAAAGGUGGACGAUAUGUCUAGCGAACUGGCUCUGUCGAACGUCGAGUGUCAGAGCAUUCACGGCGAUCGAGAACAAGCGGACAGGGAACAAGCGUUAGAAGACCUGAAGACCGGAGCCGUACAGAUCCUUCUCGCGACCGACGUGGCUAGUCGGGGAAUCGACAUUGAGGAUGUCACGCACGUACUGAACUACGAUUUCCCACGGGACAUAGAGGAGUACGUUCAUCGAGUCGGCCGUACUGGACGCGCGGGUCGAACGGGCGAAAGUAUCACUUUUAUGACGAGGCAGGACUGGCAUCACGCUAAGGCGCUCAUUGACAUCCUCGAAGAGGCUAGUCAGGAGGUACCUGAGGAAGUAUAUAAAAUGGCUGAAAGAUAUGAUGCAUGGAAGAAGAAAAAAGACGCCGAACAAUCGUAUGUGAGAAGCUUCAGAGGCGGUGGCGGUGGCGGUAGGUCACGCUACCGCACUUAAAAGUAUGGCCGAUUAAUGAUGCUAGGAAAUAGAAUUACUUUGUGUCCAAUAUAUAAUCAACAUCAGGCUUAACACACUGUGAUACUAUUUUUAAUCCUUGCGAUUUCGGCAAGGUUAAUCUCGUAGAACAACACGAUGUUCCUUUUCUUUGUUUUUUUAUAGUUACCAACGUUGUAUGAUUUAACGUCUACUAGUUUAAAUAUCUCAAUGAAGUAUACAUUAAAAAAUGUUUGCGACAAUUAGGAUAACUUUGGAAUAUAUCGUACUUAGCGAUAUUUAACUUUACAUUAUUUUACGCAUCAGUGCGAAAUAUAAUUUUGUAUCACAUAGUUUAUUAUUAAAUAUGCUAUAAGCAUAUUUUUUUGUAAGUUUUUCGUAUCCAAGUUCUGAAUGCUAUAUUUUAUUUGUUCG